CUCAGUAUUUCCUGUUCAUCACCACCUGCUGCUAAUUGGGCUCCAGGUAAAGAGAGCAUCGCGAGGCUGGACGCCGCCAACCUGAAACCGAGUUUAAGACGCGUAAGAUGUGUGUGAACAUGCUCUACCUACCGCUGCUGCUCCUCCUGCCGCUGCUGCCCUCCACUGAGGGCCGCAGGGCCUCCCAGCCACCUGCCCAGGUGAUGAGGAGACUCCACCGGAGGAACGCGCCGUACCUCGACCUCCCCAUGUUCGUGGACUCCAGGCAGCCGCUGGUGCAGAAGGAGCACUUCUCUCCAGUCAAAGGCACCGGGCAGGAGCCGCUCCCCGGGCCGCUGCGGGAGGUCCUGCUCCCGGCUCGGCCCAGCGCCACCCCGCCCAGCGCUUCGGGUGUUUCCGUGAAGACUUCGUGCGAGCGGAGGAAGAUGAGGGUGCAGGUGGAGAGGGGCGUUCUGGGCAGCGGGGACGUCUCCGGGCUCAAACUGGGGACGUGCAGCGUCACUACAUCGACCAAAGAUCACCUUUAUUUUGAGUAUGACUUUUGCAUGUGUGGAACCAAACGCACGAUAAUUGAUAACCAGGUGGCUUAUACAAACACACUCCGAUAUGACCCACCGAUGCUGCAAGGACCAAUCAGACGAAGUGUGCCUUUUACCCUGCCUGUUGCGUGUUAUUUCAACAGGUACCAAUACUCCUACAAAAUUGGCUACACACCAAAAGUGCAGUUGCGCAAGGUCUUCAAGCAAAUGAUGAACGGAGCAAAGUUCAUUCUGACGCCACGAAAUGCUCAGUGGGAAAGACUCUCUCCAUCAGAUCAGUAUGUCCUGGGGAAACCCAUGUACUUUGAGGCCGAGGCCCUGCCCACGGCCCAUGAUGAAAGGCUGUACGUCCACUCAUGUUACGCCACUCCCGAGAGGUCCCACACCUCCACGCCUCAGUUUCCAGUUGUGACAAACUUUGGAUGUAUGGUAGAAAGCAAGGACAGUCGCUCCAGAUUCAUCCCACACAAAAACAACGUUGUGAGAUUCUCUGUGGACGCCUUCCUGUUCAAGGGAGUGACGGGACAGCUCUACAUGCACUGCACCAUGUCCGUGAGCAGUUCGGUCCCGUCUCCGAUAACCAAGUCCUGCAACUACGACACGAAAGCCAAGAGAUGGGUUGAGCUGUUUGGACCGGACUCUGUGUGCACCUGCUGUGACUCCAACUGUAGCUCUGCUGCAUCCACUGUGACCCAAAUAAUCAGCAGCAAAUCGUGGAAAAUUGAGCCUAAAGCGAAACUCACCACAACAAAGAGGAAGGUGGUUUACAACACUACUACUACUACAACAACAACAACAACAACACAACCAACAGCAGCACAACAACCAGAGACGACCAGAGAGGUGACUAAGCGGAAGCGGAUGUCGACACCUGAAAAGACAGCCGUGACUGUGGUGGGUAAGGCGGAGAACAUGGAGGAGGAGUUGGAGUGGCCGUUUGGAGGUGGAGGGGUGGUGUGGGAGGAGGAGAAAGGUGAGGAGAAGCAGGUGAAGGGUUCCGCUGUUGUGGAGGAGAAGGAGGUCGGAGAACCUCGCAGAAUAUUUGAAGAAAUCUUUGAUUUUGACGAAUAAAGUUGGCACUUGAACGGUGAUAAGUUCAGUCCAGGAGGCUUCAUUGCACAGUACGCUCAAAGCAGGAUUAUAGAACAGUGGUUCCCAAAGUGGAUGCUGCAAGAUGAUUUCCAGGAAUCAAAUAACGUUUUUAAAUGAUUAGAAAUGGUGUUUUUUAUUAAAUCAUAUUGUUUGAAAAGUAGCUUUUGUAGUAAGACCAACCUCCUUUCUAAAUAUAUAUAGAGAAAGCCAUAACUACAUCUUCAUUGCUCACCAAGACUUAAAAACUGCACGUACAGAAUCAGUAGUCAGAUCUGAUUAUACA